AUGUCUGACAAACUCACUCGUGUCGCCAUCGUUAACAGCGACAAGUGCAAGCCCAAGAAGUGCCGACAGGAGUGCAAGAAGUCAUGUCCCGUCGUGCGCUCUGGCAAGCUCUGCAUUGAGGUGUCCCCCGCUUCCCGCAUUGCCUUUCUCUCCGAGUCGCUCUGCAUUGGUUGUGGUAUCUGCCCCAAGAAGUGCCCCUUCGGCGCCAUCACCAUUAUCAACCUGCCCACGAACCUCGAGACGCAGGUCACCCAUCGCUACUCUGCCAACUCUUUCAAGCUUCACCGCCUGCCUAUGCCCCGCCCUGGCAACGUUCUUGGUCUCGUCGGAACCAACGGUAUCGGCAAGAGUACCGCUCUCAAAAUCCUCAGCGGCAAGCUCAAGCCCAACCUGGGCAAGUACGACAACCCUCCCGACUGGGAGGACGUCAUUAAGUACUUCCGUGGCUCCGAGCUUCAGAACUACUUUACCAAGCUUCUCGAGGACGACCUCAAGGCCAUCGUCAAGCCUCAGUAUGUCGACCAGAUCCCCAAGGCCGUCCGUGGACCCGUCAAGACUGUCCAGGGCUUGAUCGAUGCCCAGAGCAACAUGGGUAACCGCGACGAGGUGUGCGACGUCCUCGAGCUCAACCACAUCAUGGACCGUGAGAUCAACCUCCUGUCCGGUGGAGAACUGCAGCGUGUCGCCAUUGUCCUGGCCCUCGGCAUGCCCGCCGACAUUUACCUCAUUGACGAGCCCUCGGCCUACCUCGACUCGGAGCAGCGUAUCAUUGCCUCGCGCGUCAUCAAGCGCUUCAUCAUGCAUGCCAAGAAGACGGCCUUUUUCGUCGAGCACGAUUUCAUCAUGGCCACCUACCUCGCGGACCGCGUCAUCAACCUCGACGUCACCUUCCGUCGCGACCCCACGAACUACCGCCCCCGCAUCAACAAGUCCAACUCGCAGCUCGACCAAGAGCAGAAGGCCGGCGGCAACUACUUCUUCCUGGACGACCCGGAGAAGAGCUCUUGA